UAUACGGUUUCCGCGCAGCAACUCCGAGAGUGCACCGUUUUUCAUCGUCCUGUGCUAGGGCGGUCGAAUAUAAUAAACGUAUUAAUAAUAUUGUUAUUGUUUGUUUCGCACCACAUGUCAAAUUGUUUCCGCUGAUUACAGCUAUUACACAUAAUUCGCAUAACUCGUGCAGGUAAAAUCGCUACCGUCCGUCGGGCAAAUAUUCUUUAAUAACAAAUACAGAAAAUCUGUCGGACGACCGCUGUAGUGACGGUGUGUAUUCGUGGACCACGGUUUUUCGGUACGCGUUCGUUUAUGGUACUACUUAUUAACACUAUACCUUGGUAUACGCACCGGUUCGCUUCCGGUUGGUACAGGUACCCCCCGUACCCCAUAACAACAAUAAUAAUAUUAUUAUUAUUGUAACGUCAUCGCGAUCUUUCGGUCGGCGUCGGCGUCUGUCGUCAUCGUCAUUGCGCGCUCAUAUUAUAUUAUUAUUACAGUUUUAGUCAGUAGCUAUAGCUCGUAGUGAUAAUAUUAUAACAGACGGUCAGCGGUCUCCCAGCGGAUUUCGUGUGGAUUACACCACUGUCACUGCGACACGAGCAGUAGCAGCAGUAGGUUUCAUGCCGCGUCAGUCGGCCGCUCUUAACGCGUUCGACAUGCGCUCAUCGACGGACGUUUUCCAUUCACCCACGAUAAUGGAAAAAUGUGUGUGGAACGUAAAGAACAGGCCUUUGGUAUUUCUGUUGAUUUUACUUUUGGUCGUAUCAGUAAUUGGAGCAUUGGUUUACUUCACCACAGAUAUAUUCAAUAAGCCUCAAGAAAUAAAAUACAAAUCAUUAGAAUUUAAAAAACUUCUUAGCGGCGACUACGAACCUAAUGUUUUCAACGGGACAUGGGUCCAAGGUGGUGAAAUAUUGAUGAAAGACGCCAAUGGAGAUAUUGUACUAUUCAAUGUGAAGAAUUUAAACACGACAAUAAUAGCAAACGCUUCCAAAAAAAAUGUUGACAAAAGCUUUCAAUACGAUCUUUCUGCCGACAAGCAAUUCCUGCUUUUGGCUUAUCACCACAAAAAAGUGUACAGACAUUCAUUUACGGCUUUCUAUGAUAUAAUCGACGUUAAGACAGGAGAACAAUUCACGUUGCAAAGCCAAAAUUCUGCUAACCCCUGGGAUUUACAAAUAGCCAAGUGGUCACCCGUCGGUCACAGUUUAGCAAUUGUGCAUCAUAACAAUAUAUAUUACAUACAAGACAUUAAUAAUCUGACCAACACUGUACAAUUGACAUUCACGGGUGGCUCAGAAUUGUAUAAUGGCAUUCCUGACUGGGUAUACGAGGAGGAGAUACUUGGUUCGAACGAUGCCACGUGGUUUUCGAAGCAAGGGACCCGGGUGGCGUACGCGGCGUAUAACGACUCGUUAGUGCCCACAAUGUUAAUACCUGUGUACGGUGUUCCGGGCAACUUGGCUUACCAGUACCCGAAUAUUGUCAGUAUUCAUUACCCAAAGGUUGGUGUGCCUAACCCGACGGUAGAGUUAUUCGUGCAACGUCUGGACGUGAUUGAUGAAAAACCAGAACCAAUACCCAUCGAGCCACCAAAAGAAUUGACUUCAGUCACUAAAGAUAUUAUUCUAAAUACAGUCAUAUGGUCAGAUGAUACAAACCUAUUUGUAAUGUGGAUGAAUCGAGUACAAAAUAAAUCAUGUUUAGUUCAUUAUUCUGUGGUCAAUUCUGCAGAAAGCAUUAAAGUAGUACCAUUCAGUCAAUCCGGAGGAUGGUUAGAUUUCACGCAAAUACCAUUAAUCGGCAACGAACAUCGCCUGGCUAUAUUAUAUUCUGUAAAACAAUCGAAUGGAGAUUAUUUUAAGCACAUAGUCGUGGUAGAACCCGAUGGCAAAUUGAAUCCAAUAACGAGUGGAAAAUUCGAAAUCAUCAAACUUCUAAAAUGGGACCUCCAGUCAAACUACAUUUACUAUUUGGCCAACACAGAAGAAAAUCCCGAAGAACAAUAUCUGUAUCGAGUGUUGGUUAAAGAACAAAGUUUACCAGAAUGUAUAUCGUGCAAGACGGAAUGUAAAUAUAACAAUGCAGAGAUGAGCGUGGAAAACGAAUAUUAUACACUAACAUGCAAAGGCCCCAACGUACCAGAAGUCAAAAUAUUUAAAACGACUGGUGAAAAAGCGUUGGAUUGGGAAACGAACGAAAGCCUCAAAGACUUAUUAUCUACCAUUACUCUUCCCCGGGUAUCGUUCAUCAACGUACCAAUCGGUGAUGGAUUCAAGGCUCGCGUUCGACUUAUACUGCCGCCAGCCGUCGACGAAAGUGCGAACAUCAAAUAUCCACUAUUGGUCAACACUUAUGCCGGUCCUGGAUCGAAUUUGGCUAUCAAAAAGUUUUCGUUGGAAUGGAACAUGUAUUUUAGUUCGAGCAGAAAUGUGAUCGUCGCUCAAAUCGACGGCCGUGGGUCAGGAAGAAUGGGCGAUAAAAAUAUGUUUGCUAACUAUCGGAAAUUGGGUACCUACGAAAUCGAUGAUCAAAUAUUUGUCACGAGUUAUCUCCAGGAUCAAUUUUCUUUUAUUGACAAAUCGAAAACGGCAAUUUGGGGUUGGAGUUAUGGCGGUUACUCGGCUGGCAUGGCUUUAACUAAAGACGACAAAAAUGUGUUCAAAUGUGGAUUGUCCGUCGCUCCUGUUACCGACUGGAUAUAUUACGACUCGAUAUAUACGGAACGAUACAUGGGCCUGCUUACAGAUGACGUAGCUGGUUACAAAAACGCCAGUCUAUUGAAAAAUGCCGAGAAACUUCGUGACAAAAAAUAUAUGGUUAUACAUGGCACUUAUGAUGAUAAUGUUCAUUACCAACAAUCCAUGAUGCUUUCCUAUGAACUGGAACGAAGAGUUAUACUUUUUAGACAGCAAACUUAUCCAGAUGAAUCACACGGUUUGUCAAGCGUUCGCAAUCACGUGUAUCAAACAAUAGGUUCAUUUUUGUUGGAUUGUUUCCACGACAGUUUGUGA